GUUUACAAAUCAACUCGGGUUGUUGGUUAGUACCGAGCGGCGUGGUGAGAGCGAGGAGCAGCCCGGCGGCUCUCAUUCACACCGACACAAACAGAAACACUCUGAAAUAUAAACUUCCCAGUACACCGACUCAAUAUCCGCCAUCAUGCCGUGUCGGAAGGAGAACUACAUCUUUCUGGAACAGUCCGUCACCGUCGGCUCCAAAGAAGUGGACGCGCUGGUGACGAAAAUCGGCGAGGCGCUGCAGCUCCACAACAAUAGCGGCGGCCACCAGAAGACUGUGUCCGUGUCCAUGUCCUGCCUGCACGGGCUCACCGGCAGCAGCACCGGCGGGGUCAAACCGGCGGCCAUCAUCAACGGCAGCGCGGGAGCUCCGGCGCAGAAACACGGCUGCUGCAUGCGGCUCCGGAACCGGGGACACCGGGGGAGCAGCAGGGCAAGCCCGUAUAACAUCCCUGGGUCUAACGGCGACCAGGACUGGGACCAAAUCAAACCGUGGAACAAAAAGAGGAUCAACGUGGAGGAGGACGAUCCGCACCGGCUGCUGCAGGAGCUAAUUUUAUCGGGGAACCUGAUUAAAGAGGCCGUGAGGAGGCUUCAGUUCUCCGCCGCAGACUGUGGAGAUUUCCCCAGCGGCGGACAAUGUGCCGUGCUGAUAACGUAACGGACGAACCGGGGACGGGGUGUCCACCGCAGCGUGUGUCCCCCUCUCCUGGACGGACACAAAGACUGUUUAGAAUUAAAUUUCACAGGACUGGUAGCUAUGUUUUCUAAUUUCACCCAUUUUCAUCGAUUUUGUGUGUAACGUUUGUUACGCUAUGUCGGCUAGCAGUUAGCCUAACUUAGCUAGCUCGCUAGCCACCGGCUAAUGAGCCGUGUUGUUUAUGUUUGAAUGUCUCGGUGUGGCUCAGGCGCUCGGGGUGCAGCGGACGUCUGAGCCGCCACUUCAUCAGACUUUACAUUAGCGAGACAGGACGUUUAUGUCGCCCUGUGAAGGCUGAUGUGGUCCUACCGUGAGGGAAAGUGAUGUUAACCGUCACACGGAGUGUUACUGUGUGUAACUCUGUGAAGAUGGAGUCCUGAACAAUGGAUGUUCCUCUCCUGGCUGAUUAAAGCUUGAGUCACAGUGAGCAGAGGCAGGAAGUCGUAGUUUAUUCAUGUUUUAUUUACCACUGCAUCCCGGAAUUUCUUCAUGUGCUCUGGCUUGAUGGGGGGGGGGGGGUGCUCAUGGUUAGCUCUUCCCUGCUGUGACAGACCAUUAUAAAGGCAGUGGAUAGUUUAGGGACUGUUCUGUACUUACCGGGGGACGGUUUUUCUUUUUUAUGUCCCUCCCAGAAGCCUUAUAUAUUAUGUUUUGAGCCUCCCUGAGUGACAGAACAACCACUGAGAGAUAUAAAAUGACAAAAAAAGGCACAACAUUACAUCCAAGAGGCACAAAAUGGCUACAAAGAGGUGCAAAGCUAUGGCACAACAUGAAGCUAAACAACUGUCAAAGCAUGUUUGUCCCGCUCCUUUGUAGGACAGGUGAAGGGGCCUUUUGCAUAUCUCACCCAGGGGCCCACGAUCUGCUUAUACGCCCCUGCUGGUUAGUUCCUGCAAAUGGUUUCUGAUGGUGACUUUGAUGAGAUAUUACUAUUUAAAGCACAGAUUUGGUUGUCAUUUUUCUGAUGGAAGAGUUUGUUACACAAGAUGUGUUCAGAGACUAUCAGACAUUUAAAAUUCCAAUGAUAAUUUCUGUUUUCACAGCUUCUGGUAAUGAUAAAUGGUGUAAUCUUGGAGAUUUGUUAAAGAACACCUGCCUUCCAGAGGCCUGUUUUCUGUAAAAAAAAAAUCAGUGGUAGAGUAAAUGCAAAAUGCAGCCAUUGAAAUCUGUGUGCCCUCUAAGCCAACCUUUUUUUCACCAUGCCCCUCCCCUCAUAAAUAACGAACAGUCCCUUAGUUGUCCAUUUUGUUUACAAUCUAGUGCUGGGUGUAAAUAGCUGCUCUGCAGAGAAAAGAAAGGAAGUGCCCCCUCCUCAUCCUCAUGUCAUUUCACGUUGUUCAGUGUGUCGUCCUUUAACUGCUCAUUUCAUUGGUUCACUCAACCUCAGCCAGACUAAUCAGUGACAUGAGCCUCAGAAAAGCUGGUUUAUAUUUAAAAAGGACACCACACUGCGUCUCUGUCAGCAGCUCCACAUUUCUCUUCCAGAUUUUUUUUUUUUCGAAGGGAAACAUGGACAUCAAACAUGUGGAGGAGAAGUGGGGGCCUGGGAAAGAAGAGAAAACACGCCCUUUCCCACAGGGCUUUGGGUGAUGUGUAACUGUUUGUUUGUAACGUUUGGGGGAAAAGGUCGGCCGUCACAUGACAACACUUUUGUGGUGCUUUCACCUUUUUGGAAUUCCGACGGGGAGUUCUGUUUGGGGUUUUUUGUAUUUGUUUCUUCUCUGUGUAAAGAAAAAUCACCACGACUGCUUCGUAACGAAGUCUCUGAUAAUGUUCCUGAGUAUUCAGGGCCUUUUUUGUUGUUGUUGUUGUUGUCUUAAUAAACUCCUUUUUGUUUUUCCAAA